GGGAAACUGCUCGCGCUGAGGGGGAAGACAGCAGCAACAAUAUGGCGACAACCGCAGUUUCUCUCCAGUCUUUUCCACACCUGCUGUCCUGCAACGGCUUUCCGGAUUCAUUGUAACGCUUUCAAAAGCUGCUACUGUGGAUGGUACAAACCUAAAGACCAGGUAGCUGCAGGAUGAAAACAUGGCUGCACCCCUUAUUGCACCGCCAGGACCUGAUAGCUUCAAGAAGUUUACUUUGGAAUCUUUGGUGACACUUGAGCUGCGCAUCAAUGAGGAGAAGAACAAGAAGCCACCCAAGCAGGACAGCAGCUACCGUGAUGAUGAUGACGAGAACAAGCCCAAGCCCAACAGCGACCUGGAGGCUGGGAAGAGCCUACCCUACAUCUACGGGGACAUCCCUAAGGGAUUGGUGGCGGUACCACUGGAAGACUUGGACCCAUACUACCUAAAGUCUCAGAAAACAUUUAUAGUGCUAAAUAGAGGGAAGACAAUCUUCCGUUUUAGUGCCACGCCUGCCUUGUACUUCAUAAGUCCUCUUAAUCCGGUUAGGCGAGUAGCUAUUAAAAUUUUGAUACAUGCUCUUUUCAGCAUGAUCAUUAUGUUUACUAUUUUGACCAACUGUAUAUUCAUGACCUUUAGUGAUCCUCCCGAGUGGUCAAAACAAGUAGAGUACACAUUCACGGGAAUUUAUACAUUUGAGUCUCUUGUUAAAAUCACGGCACGAGGAUUCUGUAUAGACGGGUUUACAUUCCUUAGAGAUCCAUGGAACUGGCUGGAUUUCAUGGUCAUUUCGAUGGCAUAUAUAACAGAGUUUGUGGACCUGGGCAAUGUAUCUGCGCUGAGAACAUUCAGAGUUCUCCGAGCAUUGAAAACUAUCUCUGUCAUUCCAGGACUGAAAACCAUCGUGGGCGCCCUGAUCCAGUCUGUGAAGAAGCUUUCGGAUGUGAUGAUCCUGACCGUCUUCUGCCUGAGUGUCUUUGCCCUUAUUGGUCUCCAGCUUUUCAUGGGCAACCUGCGCCACAAGUGUGUGAUCUGGCCAAUCAACACCACCAAGGCCAUCGACUGGAAUGAGUACAUCAUGAAUGAAACCAAUUUCUACUUCCUGCCUGGCCAGUUGGAUGCUCUUCUCUGUGGGAACAGCUCCGACUCUGGCCGCUGCCCGGAGGGCUACACAUGCAUGAAAGCUGGGAGGAAUCCAAACUACGGCUACACCAGCUUUGACAGCUUCGGAUGGGCCUUCCUGGCUCUCUUCCGACUCAUGACACAGGACUUCUGGGAAAACCUUUACAUGCUGACCCUGAGGGCGGCAGGGAAGACGUACAUGAUCUUCUUUGUGUUGGUGAUCUUUGUGGGCUCGUUCUACUUGGUGAAUCUGAUCUUAGCUGUGGUGGCCAUGGCUUAUGAGGAGCAGAACCAGGCCACCAUGGAAGAGGCCCUGCAGAAGGAGGAGGAAUUCAAGGCCAUGCUGGAUCAGCUCAAGAAACAGCAGGAAGAUGCUCAGGCGGCUGCAAUGGCAACCUCUGCAGGUACUGUGUCAGAGGACGCAGUAGAGGACGAUGGAGGAGGUCAUCUGUCAUGCAGUUCCUCUGAGAUGUCAAAGCUCAGCUCCAAGAGCGCCAAAGAACGACGUAAUCGUAAGAAAAAGUGGCGGCAGAAAGAGCAAGAGAAGGAGAAAGGCGACAGUGAGAAGUUUGUCAAGUCAGAGUCAGAUGAUGGCAGCAAGAGGAGCCGCUUCCGUUUCCCUGAUAAUCGCUUGGGUCGAAAGUCUUCCAUUAUGAACCAGUCCCUCCUCAGUAUACCUGGCUCACCUUUCCUGUCCCGCCACAACAGCAAGAGCAGCAUCUUCAGUUUUAAGGGGCGCGGUAAGGAUGUGGGAUCGGAGAACGAGUUUGCCGAUGAUGAACACAGCACGGUGGAGGAGUGCGAGGAGCGCCGGGGCUCCCUCUUCAGCCCUUAUCGGCGGAGCAGCUACAGUGGAUACCACGGGAAGAGGAACAGCACGGUGGAUUGCAACGGCGUGGUGUCGCUCAUCGGCCCUGGGCACGGUGGACGCCUUCUGCCUGAGGUGAAAAUAGAUAAGGCAGCCCCUGACGACAGUCCGACUACUGAGGUUGAGGUGAAGAAGAAGCUGUCGGGCUCCCUGAUGGUGUCUGUGGACCAGCUCAAUACCUCCUUUGGGCGGAAAGAGCGGGCCAACAGUGUCAUGAGCGUCAUUACCAACACACUAGUGGAGGAACUGGAGGAGUCUCAACGCAAGUGUCCGCCAUGCUGGUAUAAAUUUUCUAACACAUUCCUGAUCUGGGAGUGCUCCCCACUGUGGAUUAAGAUCAAGGAAACUAUGAACCUGAUUGUCAUGGACCCCUUCGUGGACUUAGCCAUAACCAUCUGUAUCGUCCUCAACACCCUCUUCAUGGCCAUGGAGCACUACCCCAUGACCCCUGACUUUGAAGACAUGCUGUCUGUAGGCAAUCUGGUGUUCACAGGGAUCUUUGCAGGGGAGAUGCUUUUUAAGUUGGUGGCUAUGGAUCCAUACUACUACUUCCAGGAGGCCUGGAACUGUUUCGACGGUUUCAUUGUAACGCUGAGUUUAGUGGAGCUGGCUCUGGCUGACGUUGAGGGCCUGUCUGUGCUGCGGUCAUUUCGAUUGCUGAGAGUGUUCAAGCUGGCCAAGUCAUGGCCCACCCUCAACAUGCUGAUCAAAAUCAUCGGAAACUCAGUGGGAGCCUUGGGGAACCUGACUCUGGUGCUGGCCAUCAUCGUCUUCAUCUUUGCUGUGGUGGGCAUGCAGCUGUUUGGCAAGAGCUACAAAGACUGUGUGUGUAAAAUCUCUCUUGACUGUGAGUUGCCUCGCUGGCACAUGAAUGACUUCUUCCACUCCUUCCUGAUCGUCUUCCGGGUGCUGUGCGGUGAAUGGAUUGAAACCAUGUGGGACUGCAUGGAGGUGGGGGAGGACCAGGUAGGGAUUAUAUAUUAUGCUCUCAUAAAACGAUGGAUUGGAAAUGCUGUAGUGUUGAAUCUGUUCCUUGCCUUGCUGCUGAGCUCAUUCAGUGCUGACAACUUGGCUGCAACAGAUGACGACGGAGAGCCCAACAACCUGCAGAUUUCCGUCAGGCGUAUAAAGAUUGGCAUUGCAUGGAUCAAAGCGAAGGUGCGAAUAUUGGUGGCCAGUCUGUUGAAGAAACCACAGAUGGAGGACGAGCAGAAGCCUUUAGAUGACAUGUAUGACAAGAAGCUGAACUGCAUUGCUAACCACACCGGGGUGGACAUCAACCGUGACCUGGACUAUGUCAAGAAUGGUAAUGGCACCACCAGUGGUAUUGGCAGCAGCGUGGGCAAGUAUAUGAUCGAUGAGGAUCACAUGUCAUUCAUCCACAACCCAAACCUGACCGUCUGUGUGCCCAUUGCUGUGGGAGAGUCUGACUUUGAGAACCUUAACACGGAGGACUUCAGCAGCGAGUCGGAAAAUGAGAACAGCAAAGAGCUGGAUGACACCAGUUCGUCGGAGGGCAGUACCAUCGACAUCAAGCCAGAUGUGGUGGAGGAGGUGGUGGUAGAACCGGUGGAGGAAUACUUGGAACCCGAGGCGUGUUGGACAGAUGGUUGUGUGGCCAAGUAUAAGUGCUGUGACGUUGACAUUUCUACGGGCUGGUGGAAGAGAUGGUGGUACCUGAGAAAAACCUGCUACCUGAUUGUGGAGCACAACUGGUUUGAGACCCUCAUCAUCUUCAUGAUCCUCCUCAGUAGCGGUGCCCUGGCCUUUGAGGAUGUGUACAUCGAGCAGAGGAAGACCAUUCGGAUCAUUUUGGAGUACGCCGACAGGGUUUUCACCUACAUCUUCAUCCUGGAGAUGUUGCUGAAAUGGGUCGCAUACGGUUUUGUCAAGUAUUUCACCAAUGCCUGGUGUUGGCUGGACUUCUUCAUUGUGGAUGUGUCUAUAGUCAGCCUUGUAGCUAAUGCGCUGGGCUACUCCGAUCUAGGGCCCAUUAAAUCACUCAGGACACUAAGGGCCUUGAGACCCCUCAGAGCCUUGUCACGUUUUGAAGGGAUGAGGGUGGUAGUCAACGCCUUGGUGGGUGCCAUCCCUUCCAUUAUGAAUGUGUUGCUGGUUUGCCUCAUCUUUUGGCUGAUUUUCAGUAUCAUGGGGGUCAACUUGUUUGCGGGCAAGUACUACUACUGUUUCAAUCAGACAUCAGAGGAAUACUUUCCUGUCGACGUGGUCAACAACAAGACCCAAUGUGAGGCCCUCAUGAAACAAAACUAUACCGAGGUCAGGUGGAAGAACGUCAAGAUCAACUUUGAUAAUGUGGGCGCCGGCUACCUGGCCCUGCUGCAAGUGGCCACAUUCAAAGGUUGGAUGGACAUUAUGUAUGCAGCUGUGGAUUCCAGAGAGGUGGAAGACCAGCCCGACUAUGAAGUCAAUAUCUACAUGUACAUCUACUUUGUUGUUUUCAUCAUAUUUGGCUCCUUCUUCACCCUCAACCUCUUUAUCGGUGUGAUCAUUGACAACUUCAACCAGCAGAAGAAAAAGUUUGGAGGUCAGGAUAUAUUCAUGACCGAGGAACAGAAAAAGUACUACAAUGCCAUGAAAAAACUAGGGUCCAAAAAGCCACAAAAACCCAUUCCUCGACCACAGAACAAGGUCCAAGGCAUGGUGUUCGACUUUGUGACACAGCAAGUCUUUGACAUCUCCAUCAUGAUUCUAAUCUGUCUCAACAUGGUCACUAUGAUGGUGGAAACGGACGAUCAGUCAGAUGAAACGGAAAACGUCCUCUACUGGGUCAACUUCAUCUUUAUUGUAGUCUUCACCACCGAGUUCUUGCUAAAGCUUUUCGCCCUUCGCCACUAUUACUUCACCAAUGGCUGGAAUAUCUUUGAUGUGGUGGUGGUCAUCCUGUCUAUUGUCGGUAUGUUCCUGGCUGAUAUAAUUGAGAAGUACUUUGUGUCACCCACCCUGUUCAGGGUGAUCAGGUUGGCUCGUAUUGGCCGUAUCCUGCGUCUGAUCAAAGGAGCUAAGGGCAUCCGCACUUUACUCUUUGCUCUGAUGAUGUCACUGCCAGCCCUGUUCAACAUUGGCCUACUGCUCUUCCUGGUCAUGUUCAUCUUCUCCAUCUUCGGCAUGUCUAACUUUGGCUAUGUAAAACACGGAGCGGGAAUUGAUGACUUGUACAACUUUGAGACCUUUGGCAACAGCAUGAUCAUUCUGUUCAUGAUCACCACGUCAGCUGGAUGGGACGGCUUGCUGCUGCCGAUCCUCAACUACCCACCAGACUGCGAUCCCAAUUUGGAGAACCCUGGUACAUCCGUGAAGGGUGACUGCGGUAACCCAUCAGUGGGAAUCUUCUUUUUUGUCAUGUAUAUCAUCAUUUCUUUCCUGAUUGUGGUCAACAUGUACAUUGCCAUCAUCCUGGAGAACUUCAGUGUGGCCACAGAGGAAAGUGCUGAUCCACUCAGUGAGGACGACUUUGAGACCUUCUACGAGAUCUGGGAGAAGUUUGACCCCACUGCCUCUCAGUUCAUUACUUUUGCCAAGCUCUCUGACUUUGCCGACGCACUGGAGCACCCACUUCGUGUGCCAAAGCCCAACACUAUAGAACUAAUUGCCAUGGAUUUGCCCAUGGUGAGUGGCGAUCGCAUUCACUGCCUAGACAUCCUGUUUGCCUUCACAAAGCGAGUGCUGGGUGACAGUGGGGAGUUGGACAUGCUGAGGCAACAGAUGGAGGAGCGAUUUGUGGCAGCCAACCCCUCCAAGGUGUCGUAUGAACCCAUCACCUCCACUCUUCGCCGCAAACAGGAGGAUGUCUCUGCCAGAACUAUCCAGAAUGCCUACCGCAUCCACCUUAUUCGACGCGGCAUCAUCUUCAAGCGUCGUACUUUUACUAACAAUAAGUUUGAGAAUGGCGGGACCAACCAAGAGAAGAAGGAGAGCACUCCAUCCACAGCCUCUCUCCCCUCCUACGACAGUGUGACCAAACCUGACAAGGAGAAACAGGAUGAAAACAAGGAGGACUGGGCCAGGAAAGAGAAGGACAAAAACCAAAAAGAUGAGUGGGAAUCAAAGUGUUAGGGUUCAGUGACUCACAAAAGUCAAUAAAACAAAGCAAGAUGAGAUUCUGAGCUCAAUCCCAACAAAUGUAGAAAAAGUGAUCAUUUGCAAGAAAGAAAAAAAAAACAUACAAAAAAAUGACUCAAUGCUACUGAGGCAAUGUGGUUUCUUAUGUUGUCAAAGACAGCUGAACCAAACACAAUCAGUUUACCACGGAACUUUGCUGCAUAGUGACCAAGUUCAUAGAAAUGAGGAACAAAUACAAAAUGACUCACAGUGUGCUGGCCAAUGACACACAUUUCUUUGGGGACCAACUGCCAAGGCCCAGAAAUCUCUGCUAGAUGAUUGAAAAAUUGCAAAAUCCCUGCCACCACCGAGUGUGGACCCCCGCAGCACAAUUCCAGUGCUGCGGGACUGGACCGUACGGAUCCCACUAGAACUGUAUUAGCAGUCUAAAUGAGAGUCUGUAACACAGUGUUUACCAUCUUUAUCAAGAAGAAAACAAUAAUAAACCAAGCAAGUUUAGCUAGCGCGGCAGGGGAAAACCCAGAACCGUAGACAAAGAUUUUUGUUUGUUUGUUUGUGCUAAGUAUACUUGCAUCUUUACAUUUUUUGAGCAGCAAAAACAGAUAACAUUAAGCCCAUGCCACUCGUCUUUUCAUCUCCUCUUUGUUAUACUGACAUUGAAAAAGACAUUUUCUACAUGGGCUUUCACACUGACUGGGUAGGGGUCAUUAGUCAUUGUUUUGACUUGGGCUGAAGGAGACUUGCUCAGGCUGAGUUUGUGAUAAAUAAUAAUUAUUGUGCUCGUUCAAUGCAUAGAAAUGACUUGCAUGAAGGCAUGUUUUGAUCAGGAAUCAUGCAUGAGUAAUCAUUGUCCACAAGACUCUAAUUCUCAAACCACCGCAGUGGCUUGAGCAUAGUUUGAGGCUGUCCACUGGGGAAUAAACUAUGACUGGAAAAUGAAGAUUUUGGAUAAUGAUAGAUAGAGUAUUGGAGGAGUGAUAGUCGUAUGAUCCUGCCCUUCACUAGUUUUGCUUUUCAACUCACAGAUAUUUAAAUUUAGCCCUUCAUUAAAAUUUCAGGUGAAUGAAGGAUGUAAGCACUCAAAGGCAAAGUCUCAGUAGGAUCAGCCAACAACACAAUCUAGUUGUUUUUGCUGCUCUGAAUGUUAGUAGUAUAGAAAGAGUGUGGAGUGUAUGAGUAUUAGGAAGCAGAAUAUCCUCACGAUGAGGAUGCACAGAUUUGGAGGACCAUCAGUUGUCCUGAACCAAAUCUGGGGCUUACAUCUCUUUGUUUACUUACAUCCAUCAAAGAGUCCCUUUCUUUACUUACCUGUGGUCCCUAUUACGGCAAUGAGAGCAGGUGAUGUUUAACGCCAAGGAAUCCAUAACUGGCACUAGUAAGGGUCUGGUGUUCUCAAUAGGUACCCCCUCUACUACUGUAGUUCCAGAAGAAGGGAUGAAAAUAUGUUUUUAUUUUUGUUUUGAUCAUCUUUUUAUUGAUUUGUUUUGGGCUAGUGGAAAAAAUGAAAAACUCAGUAUUCUUACUGAUUCAUUCAUUCAUUUCAAGUUCCUCUUUUGUACUCGGUCAGACCCACAUCAUUUCCCAGUGAGUGAUGUUUUAGGUAGUGCUUUUCGGACAAUUUCAGUUGCCAGCUUUAGAAAAACAAAACCUUGAAGUCCUUCUCUGAUGUUCUUGUGAUGCAAUCAUUCUCAGAAAAGGAUUUGAUCAGUGAGAGUGACACUGACCAUCUGAAACAGCAGAGUGAGCAGAGAAUUGUCACAAGGACAUGCCUUGUCGUGCCUAUGUAUGGAAGAUGGAUGGCCAUGAAGGGCUUGUGGAUUGGACUGUAGAAUUAAAUGGAUUUUGUCUGAUAUUUCAAGGAGGUGGAUGGGUGAUAAAUAACACAAACGCGGACCAAUAAAUAGGUAGAGCCCCUCCCUUCAGGGUUUUAGACUGACUGCCAUGAGAACAAGAGAAAAAUGGAAGAGCAGAAGAAGACAAUAGUGCUUUGUCUGAGUUGGAGUGCUGAAAGUCCCAUGUCUGUCAGUGUAUCAUUGUGCUUUUGUGGGACCUUUUAAACACUGUGUGGUGUUGGACCCAGGCUCGCACCAUCUUUUCACAUACUUGCAGGCUUUCAAGUACGAUCACCCGCUUCAAAAAUAACUAGAAAAGCGAACACUCGCCAAGAUUAAACAUCAGCAAGCCUCACAUCGACGCAGCUAUGUUGAAUUAUAAGCUUUGUGGGUGUUUUUCAUAAAAAAACCUGAGGCUUCGUCAAGUGGUAGACAAGACACAACUGCCUCUUUAUGUGUUCCUGCCAUUUGUUUUCUACACAGGAGUGAUGGUCCUAUUUAUAAGCGGAUGACUGGACAUAAAUCUGGCAUCCUUCGUCACACCACUAAUGCCAUGUUGGUGUGUUUAACACUGCCUGUACCCCCUGUCUGUAACAAUAACUGAGGUCUGUUUACAAUAUGAGGUCUCCGAAUCAGUUUGGCUGCUGCACACUCAAACCAAAUACAUUCCCAAUGAGAGCCACAGGAGUAGUGAGUAAUGUCAUCCAAUUUACCCAUGUUCAUCUUGGAUGUAACGUUUUAGAAUGAUACAAAAAAAAGAAACAAAAAACACAAAAACAUAUACAGUAUAUGUACAGUGCAGGCUAUGAUGUAAAUGGCACAAUCGCUGAAAAAGAACGAACUUUUUGAGAGAAACUAUAAAUAUUGUAUUAUAUUCUUUUAUUUUAUCAGCAUGCUUUGUUGUGUUUUUUGUAAAUACAGAAUUUUAAAAAUGUUACUACUAAUAAUCAAAAAAUGAAUAAUAACAAUAAUAUAGAAUGGCUUCCAGCUAUGCCCUUUGUCACAUUUGUUACCUUUUGGAUUUUUUGAGACACUUUUCACUUUGUUGACGGAAAUUGAAUGAAAUAUAGAUAUUAUAUAAUACAAAAGAUAUAUACAUGUAUACAUAUAUGUUUAUAUGUAUAUACAUAAAACAGAAGAACACUGUUUGUCACAUUUGAUUUAUGUGCAACACGUUCAGUGGAUGUCUAAAACUGGUUGUUUCCAGCACCCUUCUAUGUUGGGGAAUAGCUCAUGUGCGAUGUUACUGGAGCUGCUUGCCAUGGAUUGUAGCCUGAUCAUGAAGAAAGGAUAAUGUUACCAGCACAUUUCUCACUUACUGUCAUAUCUCUCACCUUCACUGAGUAUACAGGACACACCCACAGUCACGGACACUAACACACACAUGGGUGACUCCUCACUGCCAACCAACUUUACCAGUGAUUUCUUCCUUGAGGACGUCAGCUGGUGUGAAUGACUGCCUCAUACACACUGAGACGGUACCUACCCCCAGGGCCUUUUUCCCAUACCCACACAUCAGUGCCAUUACAGCGCAACAUGCAUACAAUCAUGUACUUGCUUCUCAUCCUCACAUUUCUUUUGUUGAAUGAUUUGUUUUUAGUGUUCCACUCAAUGGCAUGUGCCUUUUUUCUGCAAAUUUGGAUGUCGAUUCCACACUGAAAAAAAGAAAAAGAAAAAAAAAAAGAAACAAAAAAACCUAUGUCCAAACUGUAGAGGAUGGAGGUUUGGGGGGUGAGCACAACAUUAAUCAGGGAUGCUGAGUGAGAAAUACUGCCAGAGGAUCAUCCAGAUACCCCACUUGAUGUUAAUAUUCAACAGUGUGUGAUGUUAACAGAAAAUCAGCUAACUGAAAAAUGUCCUGUUCUUAGUGCUAUGUGUGUCACCCACUUGGCUUGUGAAAAAGCAGCUUGCCUUCUAGAUUUCUUUUGUUUUAUUUCUUCAAUGUUUUUGUUUCCAUCUGAAAUUUAUUUUUGUAUCAAUAUUUGAUUAUAAGACUCAUUCUUUUUUUAGCAUGGUUUAUUAUGGCCGUUUUUUUCUUUUUGCUGAAAAAUUAAAAAGUGCUUUUCAAACGGUUAUCAUUUGACACCAUGAUAAAAGAGGAUAUACAGUACAAUACGAUGGUGUGUUGCACAACCACUUGGACUCUUGGUAAGAAUAUAUGAAAGAUUGUCUUCAUUUGAGCACGAACCUUUUUAUUACCAAUAAAGCAGCCUUCCAGUUACAA